ACCAUCACAACAAUUUUGUCAUUUUUAAUUCUAAUUCUGAUUGCUCAAUGCCAGUAUCGAUUGUCCCCAAGGAAAACCACUUGCACAUAAAUGAUUUGUAGUGAAUUGUUUAAUUUUUAAAAUUUCACUCAACUGUGGUUCUAUUCUUACACUUCUUCGAUUGCGAGCGAUCCAAACUUAUUAAAACUGAUAACUCAAAAAGUUGAAAAUUCAGUGAGCAACCAAUAAAAUUUCAUCAAUCUUCGAAACUUCAUUUGUAACGUCUGUAAGGUUAAAUGGUAAAAAUGAAUCAUAUGGAUGAGGCGAAGCUGAAACAAUGUCUCUUGAAGUAUCAGAAUCCUGAAGUCACAAGAAGGGAGAUUCUAAAUGUGAUGAAGGAGUAUAAGAGUUUGCAUGGUAACAGUGAGAGCUUUGUUUUUAAUGAUGGAUCGUGUCAAGAGCUGUUCAAUCUUCAGGGAACAAUACCAGUUAUGUUUAAAGGUUCCGUGUACAACAUUCCUAUCUGUAUUUGGCUGAUGGAUACACACCCAAACAAUGCACCGAUGUGCUAUGUAAGACCAACAGCAGAUAUGACAAUCAAAGUCAGUAUGUAUGUGGAUCACAAUGGGAAAAUUUAUCUUCCUUAUUUACACGAUUGGGUGCCUCAUUCUUCAGACUUGCUUGGUUUAAUCCAAGUAAUGAUUGUUACAUUUGGCGAACAUCCGCCAGUUUUCGCAAAGAGAAGUACUCAAGCUACCCCUUAUCCUGCUCAACCUUCAUUUAUGCCGCUACCUGGAGGUGAAAUGAACGCCGGCUCUAUGACUCCCUACCCACAUUUUGUAUCAAAUCCUCCAUAUGGAAGUGGAAUACCACCACCCUAUCCCCCAGCGGGCGGUUCUGGUUUUGGAGGCUAUCCAAGCUUUCCCUCAUACUCAACCUCGGGAUAUCCUGCGAGUCCUUACUCACCCACACCGUAUCCCCCAACCAAGCAACCAUCACCACCAAUGCCAGCUAUGAACAGUGGAAACUCCGAUACAAUCACAGAAGAGCACAUACGAGCCUCAUUGAUAUCAGCAGUUGGAGAUAAACUACGUAGAAGAUUAAUCGAGCAACACUCACAAUUACAAGCAGAACUGGAAACCCUCCGUCGUACCCAGCAGGAACUCACCAACGGUUCAUCAAAACUCACGGAUUUGUUCAAUAAAUUGCAGAAGGAAAAACAGGAAUUAGACAAGAACAUUAAUAUACUUCAGGAUAAGGAGACGGAGCUUGAGAGGGAAAUUGCUAAACUCUCCAUAAAUCAAUCGAUUGAUGUUGAUGAAGCUGUAACCACUAUCGCACCUCUGUAUAAACAGAUGUUGAAUGCUUUUGCUGAAGAGGCAGCCACAGAAGAUGCCAUUUAUUACUUGGGAGAAGGCCUUCGACAGGGCUCCAUAGAUCUCGAUGUAUUCCUCAAACAAGUACGACAAUUAUCUCGUCGACAAUUUAUGCUACGAGCACUGAUGCUACGCUGCAGGCAAAAGGCUGGGCUUGCUGGUUGAUUAUACAUGAAUGUAAAUAAAUGAAUUUCCGUUUGUCGAACAUAAAGACUUGCUCCAAACUCAUUAUUUUAUCGUGUAUACUAUUCUACUAAUGAUGCAGAACAAUGUAUUUAGCUAAGGAAAAUUAUCUAUUGUAAUAAAUAUGAUUGUUUCACUCGACGUGCUUGUUCAAUAAUAAAUAAAUCGACGACAAAAUCUGCAA